UUCAAUUGCGUGCAAUCAAAUUACAACGACCUUGUUUUUUAUUGGUCACUUCAUCUAAUUGUGCCAAAUUUAUUGUAUGAGUUCAUUUCUUCAGUUUUAUUAAAUUAUUUAUCAAUUAAAAUAGAUUCUUAUAUACAAAAUAAAUAUAUCAUUCACUUAGUUGCUCUCUUAUUUUAUGGAUCAUCAUAAUGAAAAACCUGUUAAUUCAUCCAAAACAACUCAUACAGAUCAAUCUCCAUCAUCAUCAUCAUCAUCUUCAUCAUUAUCAAGAACUGUUUAUGCUCAUCGUAUACAAAAUUAUUCUCCAUUAACAUAUACAUCUAUCAAAGAAUAUUGUAAUAAUGAAAUUAAAACAUCCAUUUAUACAAUAUGGAAUUUUUUACCAAAAAUUAUUUAUGAACAAUUACAUUAUAUGUCUAAUAUAUUUUUUAUAUUAGUUGCUAUUAUACAUUUAUUUGCUGAUGGUGCCACUUCAAUUUUUGCUAUUAUUGGCCCCUUCUCAUUUGUAUUAUUAGUUACUAUAAUAAAAGAUAUAAUUUAUGAUUUAUUACGUUAUUAUCAAGAUAAACAAAUUAAUGAAAAAAAAUUUUUUAUUAUGAAAAUUAAUAUAGAAACUAAUGAAAUUUAUUGGAUAUUAAAAAAAUCUAAAUUUAUUCAUGUUGGUGAUAUUAUAUUAUGUAAAAAUAAUGAAGAAUUCCCUAGUGAUUUAAUUAUAUUAUCAACAAGUAAUUUAAAUAAUAAAUGUUAUAUAACUACAGUGAAUAUUGAUGGUGAAAAUACUAUAAAAACUCAUUAUUGUUUAUUAGAUACACAUAAUAUAUAUAAAAAAUUUUUAAAUGAAAAUAUAAUUUAUAAUUAUAAUAAUAAUAAUAAUAAUCAAUUUAUUGAUUUAUUGAUUAAAGUUAAUUAUCAACAACCUAAUGAAGAUUUUAAUAAUUUUGAAGGUUAUAUAACAAUAUUAAUAAAUAAUAAAAAAUUAUUAAUUAAUAAUAAUAAUAUAUUAUAUAAAGGUUGUAAAUUAAAAAAUACAAAAUAUAUUAUUGGUUUAGUUAUCUAUACAGGGAAUGAUACAAAAUUAUUAUUAAAUUCUAAUAAAGUUAAACGUAAAUAUACAACACGUGAAAGUAAAGCUAAUCAAAUUUUAUUUACUUUUAUGAUAAUUAUGAUUAUAUUCUGUAUAAUAUUUGCCAUGGUAACAAAAUAUUGGUCAUUUUAUCAUUUAAAUCAUAUAUAUAUAUCAUUUGAAAGUUUAAAUUCUAUAUGGUUACAAAUUAAAAAUGUUUUUCGUUUUUUAUUUAUAUUAAAUUAUUUAAUACCAAUAUCAUUAAUUAUAACAACUGAAAUACAACAAAUUAUGUUAUCCUAUUUUAUAAGAAAUGAUCUUAAUUUAUAUGAUUUUAAACAAGAUCUUAAUACAAAAUCAAAUACUCCACAAUUAGUUGAUGAAUUAGGACAAGUAAAUUAUUUAUUUAGUGAUAAAACUGGUACAUUAACAUUAAAUGAAAUGAAUUUAUAUAAAAUAGCUAUUUUAAAUAUAGAUAAAGUAUAUGUAUUAAGUAAUCAAAAGCUUCAAAAUACCAACGAUUAUAAUCAUGAUGAUGACGGUGAUGAUGAUGAUGAUGAGAAGAAGGACAACAACAAGAAGAUGAAGAAGAGGGAGAAGAAGGAUAUCAAUCAAUCAAAUCGAUUAAAACAAAUUUUACAAAGAACAAAUAAAUUUGGUCGUAUUGGUGUUGUUUAUGAAGAAUUAAAUGAAUAUCAAAAUCAAUAUAAUCAAGAUAAUUAUGGAUUUAUAUCAUCAUCUGAUUCUGAAUUUGAUGAAGAAGAUAAUAAUGAACAAGUAUCACAUUUAGUAUUAAAUAAAAUAUAUAAAUCUAAUAAAAAUAUUACAUCAUCAAAUGAAAAUCUUAAUAAUGUAUCUAAUAGUAAUAAUAAUAAUAAUAAUCAAUUACCUAAUGAAUUAAUAAUUAGUCUUACAACAUUAGCAUUAUGUCAUACAGUAGAAGUUAGUGAAGACAAUGAAGAAAAACAAAAUGGAACAGAUGAAACUAUGUGUUUGGAUAAUUUUUAUCAGGCAACAUCACCAGAUGAGAAAGCACUUGUUAUAGGUGCAGCAAAACUUGGUAUUCAAUUUAUGGGUAAAUUACUCAAUGACAAUAAUUCACAUUCCAGAAUAUAUCGUCUAGAGUAUGAUCAAUUUUUACAAAAUGGUUCAGAUCAGUCAGAAAUUAUGGAAUAUUCCAUUGAUGCAGUUCUAGAAUUUGACUCAGUUCGAAAACGUAUGAGUAUUAUGGCUAAACAUCCUGAUGGUACAUAUCAUAUUCAUAGUAAAGGUGCUGAAUCAAGUAUUUUUGAGAUAAGUAACUUAUCAAGUGGAGAUUUGAAACAGUUAGCCAGUAAAUACGUUACCCAAUUUGCUAUCAAUGGACUACGUACUUUAGUUUAUGCAAGUCGUCAAGUGGAUUCUAAAGAGUAUUACCAAUUACUCGAUGAAUUUUAUCAUGCCAAUUCAUUAUUUGGCUCUGAACGUAAUGAUGCAUUAAAAAAAAUUUAUUCAAAGAUUGAAUAUAAUUUAACAUUAGUUAGUAUUACUGGAGUUGAAGAUAAACUUCAACCUGGUGUUCAUGAAUGUCUAAAAAAUCUUCGUGAUGCUGGAAUUCAAGUUUGGGUAUUAACUGGAGAUAAAGAAGAGACAGCAAUUACUGUUAGUCGUUCUGCUGGACAUUUUACACCAAAUAUGAAUUUAAUUCAUUUAACAAAUUGUAAAGAUUUUUCUAAUUUUGCUUAUAAAUUAUUUCAUUAUUUGGAAAAUUUAAAAAUUUAUCGAGAAAAAAAACGAAAUUUAAAAAAGAAAAUGAAACAAUUUUUUGAAAAAUCAAUAAAUGUCAUAGAAAUGAAAACUAACAAUCGUAUAAAUAUUGAUUUUAAUUAUCAAAAUGAUUUUGUUGAUGAGAAAUAUUUAUAUAAUAAUAAUAAUAAUAAUAAUAAUAAUAAUAAUAAUAAACAAUUGUUUAUAAGUAGAUCAUUCAAAAAUGUAGAUGAUCGACCACGUUAUAGACAUUCAAAAAGACCUGGUUCUUCUGGUGAACCAAUGGCACUUGUAAUAGAUGGUAAAAGUUUACGAUAUGCAUUGGAUCCUACUCUACGAAAAACAUUUUUGAAUUUAUGCCUACAUUUAACUACUGUAUUAUGUUGUCGUUUAACACCACUACAAAAAGCAUCAGUUGUACAACUUGUACGUUCAGGUUUCUCAGAAUUUGGUGUUACUCCGAUUACCGCUGCAAUAGGUGAUGGUGGUAAUGAUGUUGCAAUGUUAUUACAAGCUAAUAUUGGAAUUGGUGUAUAUGGUAAAGAAGGGAAAGAAGCUGUACGUGCUUCUGAUUAUGCCAUUCCACAGUUUAAACAUUUACAACGUCUUCUAUUAGUUCAUGGACAUCAAGCUAAUUAUCGUAUAUGUAUAACAAUGAAUUUAUUCUAUUAUAAAUGUGUUACAUUUGUAACAACACAAGUACUUUAUACAUUUUAUAGUGGUUUCUCAGCUGUAUCAACAUUUGAAACUGUUUUAUUUUCAAUAUAUAAUUUAACUGUAACAUCAUUAAUGUGUAUACUAUUUGGUAUAUUUGAACGUCAUUUACCAGAUGAUAUAUUAAAUGCAAAUCCAUAUCUUUAUAGAAAGCUUAAACAUCAAGCAAAUUUGAGAUCAUGGUAUGUUUGCCUAUGGAUAUUAGAUGGAAUAUGGCAUGGUACUAUAAUAUUUUAUGGUGCUACUUAUUUUUUUACUGGUGGAUAUUACUUCUCUGAAGGUACAUUUUAUGAUCCACGUGGAAAUAUACAACAAUUAUUUGAUAUGAGUCUUUAUGGAUGUGCAACUUAUUUGUUUGUAUGGUUUUCAGUCAGUUUACGUAUUUUCAUUGCAUCACAUGAUUACACUAUUGUAGUAUUUGGAGGAAUUCUAACUACUCUAACUGUCAAUAUAGCUAUAUUAAUUGCAUUACAAAGUACAACAACACUUAAUAAUAUCAAUUUUCGCAGUUAUACGAAAUUAUGCCGAAGUCCAACAUUCUGGUUUGCUCUACCGCUUAUCUUAACUAUAGCUAAUUUACCAUCUUUAUUAUGGAGAAUCAUCUCGGACGCGUGGUGGAAUCUACAAAUUCAUUUAAGUAGUAUACCUAAUAAGCAGAUUCGUCGAAAAUAUCACAAGAUAGUUCGUAAUCUAGGCAAAGUGAAUAGUUUCACAAUACUAUCAGUUGAUACGUACAAUAAUCAGUCUUCAAAUUUAAAAUUUCUGUAA